AUGCUUGGACGCCAAGGGAAGAGGCAUGCAUUGCCACUGGAUGGAUCCAUGUUUGAUGAAGACAACAGAGCUGCCAGACUUGUGAAUCAAGCAAACUGUCAUCCUCGAGCUUUGCGGGCAGCAAGUUGGAUUUGCCUUUCGUUUUCCUUCAGCAUUUCUUCAAGAUUAUCCUCUGGAGUCAACAACGGUCCAGAAUGGUGCAUGCGGGCAUUUUUGUUAGCAAAGCCCUGCAAUCACAAACAAAAACAAGUAAUUACAUGA